CUCGUCGAAUCCGAGCGAACGGUCGCCGAAAUUUCAAAAACCCCACGCCCAACGAGCGGGCUCCUCCCCCUUUUCAAAUUUCAAACCCCCUCCCCCACUCCCAUCCCCACUCGAGCGUGCAAUUUAUCUAUCCGUCUAUCCAAGGCACCACAUCGCAUCGCGUGGCCUCUCGUGUGCGUGCUGGGGCAUUUCGUCGAGCGGAUGGAAUGGGACGGCGACGGCGGCAUGAACUCCGUCCCGGACGGCGUCGUGCAGCACGUCCUGUCGAUGCUCAGCAACGUCCGCGACGUGGCCGCCUGCGCCUGCGUCUGCCGCCGCUGGCGCGACUGCGUGCCGUACCUCCCCGCGCUCUUCUUCCCGCGGAACGCGUUCGACGCGGCCGCCGCCGCCAGGGGCGCCGCGGACGAAGCCAUCGGCCGGAUGGUGGCCGCCGUCGCGCGCCUCAGGGAGCUCGUCAUCUACUGCCCCUUCUCCAUGGCGCGCCUCCCCGCCUGGAUCGCCGCACGGAGCGCCACGCUCCGGGUGCUCGAGCUGCGGAUGGACGCCGCCUCCGACAAGGCGGCGCCGGACGGCGGCCACCUCGACUGCAUUGGCCUGGCAGCGAACCUGGAGGAGCUCCGGCUGUGGGGCGUCUCGCUCACUGCCGCGCCGGCGUGGGGGCGGAUGGAGCGGCUCCGCGUGCUGGAGGUCGUCGGUGCGCAGCUGCGGGACAGCGCGGUCAAGGACGCCAUCGCCGCCUGCCCCAACCUCACCGACCUGUCGCUGCUUGGCUGCGACUGCUCCGGCGCGGUGAACAUCGAGCUUGAACUGCUCGAGCGGUGCCGGCUCGACAUCCUCGGCGGCAGCAACUGCUCGCUCCUGCUCGCUGCGCCUCGCCUCGAGUCGCUCGAGGUCCAGGGCUUCACCUGGAUCACUCUGCGUGGUGGCCACAGCCUCCGCCGCCUCUCAAUCGCCAAAAGCACCGGGAGGGUGCACAAGGUGGACACUGGGAACCUCCCAGAUCUGGACCACCUAUCGCUGCGCGGCGUUCAGUGGAACUGGGCCGCGGUAAGCUCGGUGCUGCAGUGCGCGAGCGAGGUGAAGCACCUGAUGAUGAAGAUCGAGUUCUGCGGCGACAUGGACGCGCUCCAGCCGUUCCCGGAGGUUGAUUUGGUCGACUUCUUCAACAGCCACCCCAAGCUCCGCAAGUUUGAGAUCCAUGGCGCCAUGUUCGCUGCCCUGUGCCAGAAAAAUAGCCUGAAAAACUUGGAUCCAAGGUUCCUUAUCCCUUGCUUGGAAGAGGUUCUGAUCACUGUGCGCUCGCCGCUCAAUGCUGAGCAGAAGCUGAACACUCUCGAGUCGCUUGUUAAGUACGGUGUGAGGCUGCGGACGAUGGUCAUCAGAAUCUCGCAAAUGAAGAAUUGCCAUGAUGCUGCUGAUGAUUUCUUUGAAGAGAUUUGUAAGUUCAAGUACAUGAACUACAAGAAAGUGCGAAUUGAAUAAAUGGAGAUGCUGUUGUGAUUCUUAAGAUUAAUUUGAUCGAGGACUUGAUUUUUUAUUGUAUUCCCAGAAUAAUUUUAUUGUCAUUGUUGACAGGGGAUUAAUGUUCAGUCCUUCUGAGUAGCUUAUGAAGUUAUGUUGGUUGUUUGAUACUCAUCUAAUCCAUAGUUUGUGGACUAGAGGGUGUUGUUGUAACAAUUUUUAUUGAGUAUUGUGAUUUCAAACCAUUGUUGAAAUCAGUGUUCAUAAUUUUGGCCGAAUUUCGGUCUUACCAGACCCCCCAAAAAAUGGACAUAUCGGGCAUACUGGUAUUAGGUUUGAACAAAAUUUGGCCAAAUUUGAACUAAUUUGGAAUUUUCAGUAAAAAAACCCAAAUUCUGGAUUUUUUUGAAGAA